AUACGAUGCGAUCUGGUCGUUAUUUCGAGAAACUCCUGGCCGGGAAUCAUGUUCAGUGUUAGUUAUCAGUAUCUUGCAGAGCAGUAGCUGUUGCUUAGUUCCACUGGAAAUCCUCAGCUUGGGUACUUUGCUGGAGCCAAACCCGUGGGAGUGGAAUGGUGACAUGCUUUUGUUGUGAUGAUUUGUAAUUGAUCCACGGAUAGAGCCGAACAGCUUUCGGCUCCUCUGCUACUCACCCAUAUCGAAUGAAAUCUGAAGAAGAUAGGUGGGAGCAAUACGGAUUUAGUGAAAACGAGAAUGAGAAAGUAAAAACAGGACAAAAAUCUGCGACAGGUGAUUCUUCGGAAAAAAAAAAUUUUUUCCCCUCUUCAAUAUCGCACUGAAACGAAGAUUGAAAUAUUCUUUUCUGUGAGAAGAAGAUAAAGAAGGUAUGUGAUUGGGGUAGUUUUGGGUGCCCCACGGGCUUAGUUUUUCCGGCCGUUGUGCAGUCAAAUGAUCAAAGCGCAUUUUUAAAGAGUGAAAACAGAUAUUGAAGUGAUAAUAAAACCCAACAUUACAUUUACAUUUGGCUCAUGGGUGAGUAGUAAAUAAAUAUAAUGAUUCUAAGCCUGAUCUAGCAUGGAAAAUGCAAGCCAACAGUGAGAUGUAGCAAGAGGGUUAAAUGCGUAGCGAUCCCAGAUCAGCUUGUGCUAAAUUACGUACACACGAAGGGGUCAAUCGUGCAGACACGACCAGCCCUACUUGGUUGAAGUUUUCCCGCAAGUGGAAUUUUGUUUGCAAAGCAGUGUGGAAAAAGCGGUGAAGAGAUAACACAAUUUAGCAUCAGUUUAGUGUGUGAGUAUUCCCGGAGAGACCGUUCCGGAAGUGAAGUGUAUUGCCCUGACGAGUCGGGCGGAGUGUGGUUCUCCCACACUGGGAUUAGAUGCUGCUCUGUGCGACGGAAGCAAAGUGGAGAAUGUGUGCGACAUGGUAUUGCUAGGAUUGUUUACCAAUAGCUCGUGAGUGGAAUAAGACAAUUUUCCGAAGAGGCAAACUUUUUCUAUGUAAGUCUGUCCGACGGAAUGCCUUCGGAGAAAAGCAGUAAAAAUCGAGAUUGAAGAAAAUCGUCGCCACGAAAAGAAUGAUUUUCCCUGCGAAUGACAAAGGCUGCUCCCAUUGGGGUAUUCGCCGGUAUACGACUUAGCGUCAAAAAUGUUAACUUUCGGGUUCUGAGUGCAACACUCAAUUUGAGGUCAAGCGACACAACGAAUUCCAAGGCUCGCGUAAAAGUGAAGCGGCGGUAAAGUGCUAAAAUGCGUUCGAUUAGUGCCGAAGCCAGGCAGCGUUUGAACACAAUGAGAAGAAAGCUCCGGCGAAAGGCGAACGCGAAAUUCGUAGGCGUUCAAGCGUACACCCCCGCGUAAUCAAGCGAAGGAAGCAAACAACGCAAGCGACUGAAAAACAUCACCAUAUCAUUUUUUCACCAUUAGCAGCAGAAAUUUUGGUGAAAAGCGCAAUAAAAACAUCGUAAUCGUUUAAAAGGCAGCGUAGACCGGGCCAUCAUAAUUUUCCACAUGAGGCGCUCCAGUCAAGGCGCCACCAGCCGAAAACUGCUGAUUCUCGCAGUUUUGCUAGUUGCCUUCCGCCAAUUUCCUCAGCCAGUCGAGGCACGUGUUUUGCUGUUCUCAUCGAAAAAUAACACCCCCGACAGUAAUAGCAGCAAUAUUACCCACGCAACAAAUUAUAGUGAUUUUGGGAGUAUUUCGGACCGACAUAGCUAUAUACUGGUGGUUGUCCAACAAUCCGCUUCGAUCGAAAUAAAGCGGCUGCAGCGAGAGUUCCGAGAUUUUGUCAAAAUGUUCCUCGUAGAGAAGUAUGCCGAGGAUGAUGAAGAACUACGUCAACAGACACGGUUUUACCGCUGGAAAGAUAUGACCACCUUCGAGCAUUGGCUGUCCGAUCCGCUCGUCUCGACAGUGCUCUACGUGUCCGACAACGAGAGUGACAAUCUCAUUGGAUACUGUGACAGCUUAUCGACACAUUUAUCCAUGCGAUACGAGAAGAAGGUGCUCUUUUGGCCCUGUCCCCGAAUGAAGCAAACCGAAAAGUUCGUGCCGUCCUUUGAGACAGUUUCCUUCGCCGUCAAAAGUAUUUCGCAACAAUUUAAUUGGACAGAGGCAAUUUUGCUUGCAGCAGAUGGCAACUGGGCGCUGCCAUCGGCGCUUGCUAGCAAUCUGCACAUUCCAUAUCGGAUCGUGCUGGGCGAUGAUGACGGCGAUUCACUGAUGCUGCACGAAAGGGACGUCAGUGGAAGAGUGAUAAUCGUGUGCUCGUCAAUCAUCUCGCCGCAAACAAUUAACGCAAUCAAUCAGCUGAAAAUGCUGCGGAGGACGAAAAUUCUGCUGCUCGACACGAUUGGAGCGAUUUUCAACAGCAACAACAUUCUCUACCAAAGGCUCGUCCGACAAGCUGAACAGCCAACCGUGGAGAUAAACCGCAAUUUAUUGGUGCUGACGAUUCUAACGGAAAACUUCAAGCUCAUCCUCAACCGAAUCCACGGAGUCGACUUGGGGGACUACGAACAUAUCAGCGAGCGGCUGUUGAAAAUUCGACUCGAUGAUGACGACGAUGCCGAUGAUAAUAGCGCAGGCGGUGGAAAUGAAACGCAAAGCACUCCAGUGAAUGACAUCCUCUCCAAUGAGGCCCCGUGGGAGGAUGAGCGAAGCUCUAUCGAUGGCGGUCACAGGCGAACGUUGGAGAGUCUAAUUAAUUCAACAAACCUGACCUCAUUGAGUUGCGAUUUGAAUGAUUUUCUCAGCUACGCGAAUAAUUCAGCUUUCGUCCUGGACCGUUUGCACUGUCAAACGGCCCUUGAAAGUUAUUGUGAAUCCAGUGACGCUACUGAAUUGGAUUAUCUCAAUUUGUCAUCCUACAGCAAUGCAAGCGAUAUAUUCAGUGAACAAGAACUCGGUGUCGAAAGGCGGAAACGAGAUAUUGCGCAUAUUUGCUCGUUUCUAAACGUGAAUAGCAAUCAUUCGGUGCUACAGGUUCAUCCUAACUCUAGUGUAGUGGAAAUAGUUAACUUAGAGUCUAGUAAACGCUUGCUUUUUAGUGAACAUUUUUUUCUAUACGAUUACAUCCUAGCAAUAACACACGAUCAACGCAGGCAGCAUCCCCACCAAUUUAGGAAGUAUCAGUUUGAUUUUAUAGUGUUUGAUUUGAAGAAUAUAUCUAACCACCGGACGACGAUAGUUUGGCGACCAUUUCUGAUUGUGCGACAGGAUAAAUUGGAUCGACAGAAGUUUAGUAUGUAUCCAGUUCAGCCAGGUUACAGUGAUUGGAUUAUAGAGGCUACCAUUGAAUCGUUCUGGAUUUGUGGCAUAGUUUGCUGGGGCGUAAUCGCGAUGACCGUUUGCCUAAUCGUAUCGAUCAUCUUUGCUAGCAUGAUGUUCAGCGUUGCAGUCAGGAACUAUCUUCUCAAGAAGCGCUUCUCCAAGGGACCAAACAAGAUUGUGCUUUCGCGGUCUGACUUUGUCUUUCCUGUUGACAUGAGGAGGGUUGACGAGGGUAUCGAAACGAUGCUGAGCUUCUGGCUGCAGCAGCUGCAAGAGUUUGGUGGCCCGGAAGUGGAGAAACCGGAUCUGCUGAAAGGCUCCAUUGGUACGCUGAAAAAUCUCGGCCUCUCGACCCCACCGAAAACCAGUUCGGGCAGUGAAACACUGGUCCGUCAUCACGCCGAGUACGGUGCUGCCCUGCAGUUUAGAGCUCGGUACAAUGGAGAUCUGGUGCAACUUAAGGAAAUUCCACAGGGCUCCAAUUCUUCGCAGGAGCUUAAAACCAAAGCGAUGGAUUUGCUUGUAACAGCGCGUAGCUUACGGCAUGGGAAUAUCAACCCACUGAUAGGUUUGCUAAACGAGCCUACCCGCACCACACUGGUGUAUGAAAACUGCUACCAUGGCUCGCUGAAGGAUGUGCUCACCAGAGACAAGAUUAAACUAGAUUGGACGUUCCGACUGAGCCUGUUGACCGACCUUGUCCGAGGGAUGCGAUACCUACAUAGGUCACCGAUUCGGGUGCACGGGACGCUCUCUUCGCGCAACUGCGUAGUCGAUGCCCGCUGGGUGCUGAAAAUAACCGAUUAUGGGCUGUUGAGUUUCUACGAUGCCCAGGGCAUAGUGCCGCCACCAAAAAGUGCCAAAGAUUUACUGUGGACUGCCCCGGAAGCAUUACGUGACAACAUAAACUAUCCCAAAGGUGGCACCCAAGCGGCCGAUGUGUACUCAUUUGGAAUUAUCAUGCAGGAGGUGGUGGUCCGGGGGGAACCCUACUGCAUGAUGUCGCUUCCGCCAGAAGAGAUCAUAGCGAAAAUCAGAAAACCACCUCCGCUCAUACGGCCAUCGGUGUCGAAAGGAGCCGCCCCACCAGAAGCAAUCAACAUAAUGCGCCAGUGCUGGGCGGAAAAUCCAGAAAUGAGGCCAGAUUUUAUAACGAUCUGUGACCUUUUCAAAGAAUUAAAUCAUGGCAGAGAUAUUAACUUUGUUGAAACCAUUUUUCAACUGUUGGGAAAAUACUCCAACAAUCUUGAAGAACUGAUAAGGGAACGAACCGACCAACUAGACAUGGAGCGUAAAAAGACUGAACAAUUGCUGAAUAGAAUGCUCCCAAGCUCCGUUGCGGAACGUCUCAAAGUUGGCCUCGCCGUGGAGCCGGAAGAGUUUGCCGAGGUGACAAUCUAUUUUAGCGAUAUCGUUGGCUUCACGACGAUAGCCGCUCAUUGCACUCCAGUGCAGGUAGUGGAUCUGUUGAAUGAUUUGUAUACCUGUUUUGAUGCAACGAUAAAUGCCUACAAUGUGUACAAGGUGGAAACCAUCGGCGAUGCCUAUAUGGUUGUCGGUGGACUGCCCGUUCGAACGCCGGAUCAUGCGGAACAAAUUGCGACAAUGGCGCUGGAUUUGCUGCAUCAAAGCGGCAGAUUCAAGGUGCGACAUUUACCGGGUGUACCAUUGCAGCUUCGCAUAGGACUGCACACGGGUCCAUGCUGUGCUGGUGUCGUCGGAUUGACAAUGCCCCGAUACUGCCUGUUUGGUGACACAGUCAACACGGCAUCCCGCAUGGAGUCAACAGGCUCCUCGUGGCGAAUCCACAUGUCACAGCAAACGUGCAAUUUGUUAGAACAAGCCGGGGGCUACGUAAUAGAGCCACGCGGACCGAUUGAGAUCAAAGGAAAGGGUAAAAUGCACACUUACUGGCUUCUGGGGAAAAAGGGCUUCGACAAAGUGCUACCACCACCGCCGCCAAUUGGAGAGUCGCACGGUCUGGACAUCGCCAUCCUUCGCAAAUCACUCUUUCAAUCUGAACAGCACAACAGGCAGCAGCAAGCAGCCUCUAGCAACUGCAGUGGCCAUUCGUCCAGCCAUUCACCUUCAGUCACGGGAGAGUCGAUAGACGUAAAGGUAGAAAUAACCCCACCGGUGGCUUCCGACAAUCCACAAUUAGCGACAUCAAUGUCGGUCGAUUCAAAUUCGAGCAAUACCAACUACACUCUGAACAUGGUCGAUUAUCAGUGCCGAACUCCACAGUCAAGUCCCCAAGGACGAAAACUGUCCGAGAUAAUUUCAGACACUGCAUACCUUAGCGCGAACUCCAGCUUCAAUCGACUGAACCCAUCUCCCACAGGAACUCCCUCCGCGCGGCUGUUCAAAAGGAUCGAAGAAAUAAUAGAUCUUAGCUCAGCAUACAACAACUACAAAUGUCUCAGUCCAAGCGAAAGCAACCUAGCACAGUGCACCGAUAAUCGAUACAGCGUAAGUUUAGCCAACCGCUUGGACUGCUCCAGCAAGCCCGGCUCAACCCGUUUCCUGCGGCGACAAUUCAGUUUGGACAAAGACGACGUUGGAACUUCGACAACCACCAGCCAGAGGGCAACCCUGGAUACAAUAUCAUCGGUCUCGUUCGAACGUGAUCAACUCGCCCGGAUGGGAACCCUAUCAUCGAUUCCGUCCAUCAGUUCCGUGACUUCCGCUACGCUUCCCUCCAAGCAGCAGCGCGGCAUCCAGAAACAACAAUCGGCCAGCGUAGCGCAGGAUCUGGAAAAAAUCGAAGAAAUUCCCAUCUCCCCGCAGUCGUUUCUUAUGAAUCACAACAGCGGCAGCAAUAGUAUUUCUAAUCUCCACUGCAAUAUAAGUGAAAAACCACGUACUCGCUCGGCAGAACGGUCAGUCCCGAAUGGAAAAGAGGUCUGUAUAAGCGUCGAAGCCUUCGGACUGAGGUAGACUAGUUAUAGUUCGGACAAUUCGAUUGAAAGGUAGGCGAAUUUGGAAGCGUCAAACGACACCGAAAACGAUGCGAUACGCUGAUUUACUCCAAUUUAGGGUAAAUCAACUUUGGAAAAAGAAAGUCUGAUUGUUGAUAUAAACGUUUUACUUUAUAUGCUAGGUCGAUUCGAAUCGAACAGCUGGUGUCCGAUCGGGGAUAUUGGAAAGCAAACAUUUUCUUCCACACACAAGCUACAGGAAUAGUAUGAAAAGGAGCGAGAAGCAGAGUGAAGCUCGAUAAUUGAAAUUCUAUGUUCGUCAACGUGUGAAUAACGGUCAGCAUUAGAAGUAAAAUCUCCUAGCGCAUUCCAGUCGUCAUAGUCGUGCGGAAUCAUAUUGGUCGGGGGAAAGACUCAUGCAAAAAAAUUCAAUUAACCAACAAAUUGAAUGUCCGUUAAGGAGACGAUGCAACCGUUGCACCUGCACUUUUAAAAAUAACAAAUUAUAAGUUGUUGGUGCAGGUCUUCAUGCAUCAAUAAAUUUGCAAUUUUUAUACAUCAUUGAACUAUAAUUAUCGGCCUGAUGGAAUAAGGAUAUAGGGGAGCUAUUUAUUGGCUGUUUUACUGCGCCAAAAUUGACACGGAUAAGUAUUGAGUAGAUCAAUCUUUCUCAAAUGUAUUCAGUGAUACGAAUAUCAGAAUAUCUUUUUUUUUUCAUCGAUUUUUUGUUUAUUACACAUUCUUACAUUAAAACAAAAAUAUGUAACUAGGGAAGAUCAUGAAAAUUGUAACUUUGAAAAGAUGUUUAUUAAAUCUUCAGGUGCUAUUUGAUUUCACCUUGACGCCAUCGAUAAUUUGACUUUGGCGCUGACGUUCCCGGUAGAUGGGGUUUGCAAUUAAAUUUUUAGUACAACGAUGGAUUUUCCAAAUUUUUGAUGGAUUUUUCAAAAAACUUCAGUUCAAGUAGUAACUAAUACUGAUAAAUCGCAUUGAUCUUCAGGCAGUCUUCGUUGUGAUAGUGUAGCUCAGUGAACUUUCCUAAAAGGGUGGCCCUUUUUAAAUCAAACACAGCCACUGAAUAGCCUGAAUACGUUCUAACAAUAGUCCGUUCCGUUGCCAGAAAUCAUCAUUUCAUAAUAAACUAAAAGUAUAUCAAAAAAGAGUGCUCCCUUGGCCGAGUGGUUAGCGUCAUAACUAACAUGCCGAUAAUACCGUAACCAGAAAUAUUUCUGAAAAAUGGAGAAUAUUCAAUUAUCAAAGCAAAUUUAAUUCUUUCCUAGAGAAUGGAUCGCUAUCCCGUUAAAUUUGAUUGAAUCGUCCAGAAUAAGUGGCAGUCUAAAGAAUCUGUGUUUGGUGGGUUGUGUAAGAUUUACCCAAACAUUAUUCGCCCGAAACACGAUUAAUCGAACAUAACAUAUACCCGAAAAACAUUCACCCUUAUGUAAUAAAUACCCGAACGCAACAAUCACCCGAAUGUAACAAAUACCCGAAUGUGACAUUUACUUGAAUUUGACCAAUUCCCGAAUGUAAAAAGGAAAAGUUCCGAAAAAUCACGUUACGAGUUUUGUCGAAUCUCCUGAUAAUAAAUAAGGUUCAAUCAAUACCACAAGAGAGAGGAACAAAGGCAGUAAAAUGAAAAAAUUGUAACUAGGCAAUUUGAAAAUGAUGCGGGAGAGUUCGCUGAUUCGCUUUUAGAAAUUAAUGUAGGUACAAUUAACAUGCCGUCUUCUUUCCUUUCCGCAUUGCUCUUCAAGGCUAUGAGAUCAUUGAGAAAUGAACAUGAAAUAUUUUUUCAAAAAUGAAGCAGGUAAUUUCAACAUGAAAAAUAUAAAGCAUAAAUGUCUUAGAAAUGUGAAAAGAAUUGAUAAGAAAAAAAGGUACGUAUUAACGCCGUAGCGGAAUUUUUAUUAUUAAUUUAUUUUUUCGUAAUUUAUAUCUAAAGAUAUAUUUAUUCAUUUACUUCGUCUCGAGUUCUAAGAACUCCACAGACUGACUCUUAGUCCAAGUUCGUUAAUCAACUUUUGAACACGUAUUUAGACAUACUAAAAUAAAAAAAUAGCAUUUACAUCAUUGAACGAUCUAACACAGUUAUCGAAAGGAUUGUUGUACCCAUACAUUGUUCUAUGACGGUUAACUACAAAUAAAUCACGCUCACGAAGUUGACGGAAAGAUGCAUACAAGUUAAUAUUUUGCAGAAGAAAAGGGCAGUCUAAGUUUCCAAUGAUGAGGUCAAAUACAAACAGUCUCUGAAACAAACAAACAAACAUACAACAGUCUCUGAAGUGUCUGAAUUGCAUCGGCUAGAGUUUCAAGAUGAAAGAGUCUCCAGACUUCUAUUGUCUGGCAAAUUUUUUGGAUCAUUCCAUGGUAGUUGUCCAAAAACAUACCGAAUGAAGCUGCGUUGAAGCCUUUCCAUUCGAAUACUCUGCAUGAUAAGGCGACCAUACGGGAGCAGCAUAUUCCGUGAUCCUGCGGACAAUUGAACGGUAUAGUGCCUUAAGUGCGUAUGCAACGGUGAAGCCACUUGCAUUGCGUCGGAUAAAUCCAAGGGCUGCACUGCCGUAAUCUCGCAAAGUGACGCAAGCGCCAGAGGUAAGAAUUUUCAGUACGAGACUUUUUGUAAAAAUUGCAUGUACAAUCAGCAUACGCCUAUAUUAUGAAAAUCUGAUCUGUACAAAAUGUGUAUUGUUGAUGGAAAAACAUUGCCAUCGGCUUGAUUUUUGAAAAAAAUGCAGUUUUAUUUAAGCUAUACCACCAACGCCAGUUUGUUGUGGAAACAGCAAAUUUAAAUCGCUGUUUCCACAACCAAUUGGCGUUCGUCCAUCAAAGUAUGGGAGAAUUUGUUUCCAAUUAUUUUCUCCAACAUGCUACCGUUGAGCGAAGCAUCAGGAAGCAUCAGGGAGAAGAAUUCACACACUUUCCCAACCUUGUAGCAUGCGCCGAGCAGGUUAACGUAGUUGAGAACCCGAUUGUAAUAAUUAUGGACAGCACCGAUUUUUUCGAAUUCAAAAUGCAAUUGAAACCAUCCGUGUUAAAUAACAUAAUCCCGUACGAAAUUAUCCGAAGUAAAACAGAUACAGUUUACGCGAGAAUGUUUUGAGUUUUGUUACAAGAUGCGUUUCGUUUCGUUUGUUCACCAAAGCCGACAUUUACCCUUCAAUCAACACUCAGCUUCAAUUUAUUCGAAAGAGGAAUUGAACAGGUGAAGAAAGUAAACAUCGUGAAGAAAAAUUAUCCCUUAAUGCCUGAAGAAAAAAGACACUACAUAUUAGGGAAUCCUUGCAAUCAACAAUUAAAUUCAUGAGUUUAAACUAUUUAGUUCUAAUCUUUAUGAGCUAUAUGUGAGAACAGCAAUACACUUCAAUCUAGGAUAAACUUUACUUUAAGAUGAGUUUGAUUUUAUGAAUUUAAAGUACAUGGUUUUGUGAGCUUCUUAGUACAUGAUUUGUAAUUCAGAAACAAAAUUGCCUUAUAAAAGUAACAUUAUAUGGGGAUGGACUGUUUUUGAUUAAAAUAUUUGGCAGAACAAGCUUUUCGAAAAAGUGUUUUUUUUACAAAAAAGAAGGCAUGCGACUUAUAUUAUGUUAAACGUUCAUUACGGAAGAUGUUGUUAUGUGAAAUUUGCUGUCCCUACUCGUUCAUCGUACUCUAUCAGAACAGAUAAAAAAAUCACAUCGCAUCACUAUCAAAUUACGUCACAACAUAGGGAAAAUGGCGCUUGCGCCUCAUCACAGUGGAAAUGGCGCUUGCGUCACUCCGUUUUCAAACUUUUACGGGGUCAUUUUUUCACAUUUCUGAAAAUUUUCACAGUUGUUUGGAAGGAUUUGGUAUUCUUUAACGAUCUAUAACAAAAAACCUAAGAUGUCAAUGUUGGCGCUUGCGUCACUGCGAGAUUACGGCAGUGCAAAGGCCUUUGCGGUUGUCGCGCUUACAUGUAGGUAUAGGUAGGCUCCGCUAUCAACCGUAACUCCUAGAACUAGUAACACGGAAUAUUGAAAAUCUGAUCGGGAUUACCGACGGGAAAACGAAAUACUUUUUGGUGUUAAGUUCCAUUCCGUACUCAGUACACCACAGAGAUAACUCAAACAUCAAACUCAAUUUUCGAACACAGGAAACUCACGUAGGACAUCAGGUUAGUAGUUGCGGAUCGCUUCUUAGCGAAAACAUGCUGGAGCUCCUGACAUCAAUGGUCGAGAAGCGAUAUAUAGAACAUCCAGGCAUCGGAGAAUACGCCUUCACUGAGUGACCUGUUAGAAAUGAUCGUCAGUGGCAUCAGCAGUGAAUCGGUACAUUCUCUUAAAAAUUGUGGCGGUAUAUUGUCCUUUCGAAACUUCCAACUUACUCAGGGCUACCGAGACUUCUUUUUGGCUCAAAACUGCUCUUAUCAACAAAGGGAGAGGAGGGUUUCAAACUGUUACGAAAACCUUCGCCGGCCUUAAAAACCCCUACAUACCAACUCUCACGUUGAUCGGUUCAGUAGUUUCCGAGUCCAUAAGAAUCAGACAGACAGACAGACAGAAAUCCAUUUUUAUAUAUGUAAAUUUAAAAAAAGGAAAACUUUAAAUAUCUUUUUCAUAACUAGUUUUCGUAAUUCUUGAAUACCAAUUAGAAGGCAUUUUUAUAUUUAUGUAAUAAUUUUAAUAACGAUUAUCAGAAUUAAAUAUAAAAAUGCCUUCUAAUUGAAUAUAGCUUUAAAUAAUUUAGUACAUUCGGGUAAAUGUUGCUUUCGGGUAAGUGUUGCAUUCGGGUAAAUGUUCAUCCGGGUAGAUGUUCAUUCGGGUAGAUGUUCUAUUCGAGUACCUAUCAAUUCGGAAUUCGGAUAAAUAUCAUUCGGGUUCCUAUCGUUCGGGUAACUGUCUUUCGGAUAAAUGUGAUGGUUAAUAUUAACAGAAGGUUAACACUUCCCAGUGUCUAUUGAAGUAUGUUUUCUCCACAUUUACAGUAUAUGUUCUAGCACUGUUGAGUCGAAACAUUGAAUAUCUAUGCUUUCCAAGAUUGUAUAAUUCGUAUCCUCUUUUCGAAUUCAGUCUGUAUUCAGUAAUGAUAAAUCAAAUGGUUAAAUCAACUCUCGCAUCCAUGCGCAGUAUAGUAUAGUAUACCAUUGCGAAUUGGUCGCACAUAAAUCGCUCGCUCCGGAUACAAAAGCGGACACGGACACCGAGAAAGCAAAUAAAGCAACUUAAGUCCCACACAGAGCCGCCAGAUCUACGGAUUUGAUUGUUUUUUAACAAACAUACGAAUUCAUAAGCAAAAUGUGCGGAAUGUAGAAUCUACGGAACAAUCAAUACGGAUCUAACGUAUGCAUUGAAAAAAAUCCGACAGGCAGUUCGUACUGUAUACAGUAUUUUACCACAAGUCCCGAAUGAAAGAACAGAGGCUUGGACACUCCUUUCUCACUGAUCGUCAGCCACAGAAGAUCCUUUUUCUUGGAACUUGGUGCAGGCGGUUUAUAUGACGCUAAGGCUUAACUCCUAUGUGGGGGGGGGGGGGGCGUUAAGUACCCGGUGGUUUUUCAAUUUGCCAGAGACGAAACAACAUAAAACUCCAAUUCAACACAGUGUCGACGCCAACCAAUGUUCAACAACCAUUAGAAGUUUCAUCCGAAGCAUCCGGAAACAAACCAUUUUAUUUUUCAUUUCCUUAUAUUAUAACUAUCAGUCCCAGUGAUCAACGUUUUUCUAAUGAAAAACUCAAUGCCGUCAGUAGUCCCUAUGGAUCGACACGGGGCUCAACGUGUUAAAGAGUGAAUAUCAAAAUAAGCAAGCAAGUUGAAAAAAAAUAUUUCAUCAUUUUUUACUACGUUAACGUUAAAUGGACAGAUUUUUUCAUAUUUUUUAUUUGUCUUAUAUGAAGUAUCUCACAAAUGGUUUUGUGUUGUAAUGCAUCUAGAACUCAAUUAUCAACUUCCAAAACAGUUGUGUUUGUUGCUAUUGUUGAGCAGCAGAUAACAUUUAUUGUUGCUAUGUAUUUCAGCACACGUGGCCGAGUAGUUAGCGUCUCAUUUUGUCAUGCCGGGUGUUCGGGUACGAUUCCCGUUCUGGCCGGGGAAUUUUUCGUCAAAGAAAUUUCCUUCGACUUGCACUGUGGUCAUGCGUAUUCUAGAGCUUGCCCCUCGGAAUACAUUCAAAGCGUGUUAUUUGGCUCUUAAAUCUUAACUAAGUAUUAAUAAAUGACGCUAGUUAAUGCAUACGCUGAGACGGCAAAAGUUCCAUAGGGUACGUUAACGUCAUUUAAUAUAAUAUAUUUCAGUGCGUAUGGUUGCAAUCUUCAGUCUAUAAUUAUUUCAUUCAAGUGUUUUUUUUUCUGGCUUAUAAUUUUCGUCAACUUUAUUAUUUUGAGGUAAUUGAAACUAUCUUUUACAAAUUGUAUAUGUUUAGUAGAUAUGCACAAAAAACGAUUUGUAUCGUUACGUUGAACCUCGCCAAAACAGCAAUAAAGCUUGUUUUCAAUGUCCCUAUCCGCACGAAAUUUAUGCAACAACAUGUUUGAAUUAUUUUUAUUAAGAGUGAUACGGUAUUAUCAAUACUACGGAUAUGAGGACAACGUCGACGCCAAUAUAUUAUAUCGAUGCGCCCUACUGUUUCAACCGAAUGGAGAUAAACUUCGUGAGCAAAUUUACAACAGUCUGAGAAGCCCCUAAUGUUAGCAGCAAUAGUAGCGAACGGAAUGAAAAAUCAAUUCAAUUAUAAACACCGAUCGAACUGGAAAAAUCCAAACUCAAAUCCAGUCGAAAUGGUAAUAAAAAUCAACCGAACCCUGCAGCCGAUGUAAAUAGGAAACUCCAAUCAGACAACCGUCCCCUCCCUGCCCCUCACAAUCAUCGUCGUUGUGAUUAUGGCCGGAAAACCGAAGAUGAAGAAAAUAUUCGAAGAAAAAAUCGAAGUAAAUAUCCGCCGCUCCAAAACAGAUUUCCCCCCGAUCCGCGGCCAGCUGCUGGAUUCUGUCAAGAGCAGACGAAUAAUCUUAUUAUUACUCUAUUUACAGCAUAAAAUUGAAAGCAAAUAUUGAAACUCCGGGCCAGCGGCGCAGCAUAAUGUUUAGCAUUUUAUCAUUUCUCACUUUUGCAUUUCAGUCAGACAAGAGACGCCGCGUAGAAUUUAACAACAUGUAUCCGAACAAACCAGUCAACCAGAAAAAGCAAUUUGACAAUCUAAAGCAAAAUUUUUAACAUGAUCAGGAAGUUUUUUAGAAAUCAAGUUUGAUUGAGUGGUCGUUGACUGAGCUGUAGAACUGUAACGAGAAAUUUCAUUUCAGACGUUGACAUAUUGUUUGAAGAUUCAGUGGAAACUUGACCGAAUGCAAAAUGAAAAUAAUCAAAAUACAAACGAAAUUAUAUUAUCAUGAAUGGCAUUAUAUACCAUUAUUGGGCUUAUUUCUUGAACCAUUCUUAAGGUUGAGCUGAGUAGAUUAUGGAAAUUCAUUGACUUUAGUUUUAUAAGUUGAUAAAAAUUUUAUUUUUAAUUCAACAACUAGAAGUAACCAAUUUCCAUCUUUAGAUGUCGUGUGAUAGUAGCUCUCCAGUGCGUGUCUAAAAUGAGUAGAAUUAGAUUAUACUAUAAAAAUAAUAUAAAAUAGUCGUUAUCCAACGGAAGAAUAUAAAUGAAAACAGAGUAUAUUAUCAAAAUGCUUAACGUCCUAAGGUUUGCGUUGAGUUCGAAACACACCUUUUGUGAAUGAAUGGAUCUAGUGAAAGAGCAACAUAAAGUUCGUAUUUUUUAAGCGUGUGAAUUCUAACAUUUAGAGUCCCCGUUAUCGUACUAAUUAUUGAAGAUCCUACUUCAUCGACGACUAUUUAUAAUGAUAGAAAAUGGAUACAUUCUCGGCGGCAUACCGCAAACCAUUCAGGCUGUUAUUUUCUCUAAUCGUUAGACUAUAAAAAUCGUGAACUCGGUGUAGAAAUUGUUGAAUUACGUUGUCACCUAUCUCGGAAAGUUUAACGACAUUAUUAUAGCCACGUCUGUUACAUACUAAUAGUUAAUAUUGUUGUAUGCUGUAUCAAGUUUUUUUUUACUUUCGAGACAUACACUACUGUAUAUGAAGAAUGUUACUUCGUAUUUUGAAUGUGAAUGCAAUGUCGUAUACCCUUUGUACAAAAUGUUAAAUAUGAUAGUAAAAUAUCACCCCUGAGCUGUGUAGAGUAUAUUUAUAUAGAUGUAUUUAUUUUUUGUGAUCCUGCAGAACAUCAACAAGAAGAAAUAAAGAAAACUGUAAUCU